AUGGUGAACAAAUUGAUUUCAACCUUUGUCGUUCUGUUCGCAUUGGCAUCUUCUAUGCCAGCUGAUCUUGAAGUUAAGCAAAUCUUAACCGGUGAGUAUGACGGCUUCAAAACAUUCAUCAACAGUUUCAUGGAUGGCUACACCGGCACCACUUUCAACCUCCCAGCUACCUGUUUCUCCCAAGACCAACAAAACACCCUCAAUCAAAACAUCGUUUCCCUAUUUUUCAGCAUCCUCCAAUUCAAGAAAGCUGCAGUUGCUACCAACGCUAAAGCUUUCUUAGACAACUUUGCAACUUACAGCUAUGGAUGUGGACUCAAUGAAAUCACUGAAAACUGGGUUGCUGAUAUCAAAGCUAAAAGCGAAUUCUGGAUUCUUGCUAACUUUGUGGAAUCAGAAAAAGAAAUCGUUGCAGCCAUGCAUCAAGCCUAUGUUUAUCUUGGAGAAGAGAAAUGGAGCCAAGCUGGUCAAAGCUUCGGAGUUGCUAUGAGCCAUAUGGUCCCAGCACCAACUUCAUCCUUACAAUCAGGAAGACCAAUGUACAUGAACUUCUUUAACGGGUUCUUACUUGGAUUACAAAAGAAUCCUUUAGUCCCAUCAGCUUGCUAUUUGGAUUUAACUGACUUAUUCCAAUACACUGAAAAUGUUGCCACUGACAUUAAGCAGAUGCUCGCCUUCAACAUGAUUGGCUUCGCAGCAUUUUCUUCUGACUACGUCAGAUUUGUCGAGAACGUUGGGUAUGCUAAUUCAGACUGCGAUUUCACCUACCUAGCUACUUUCUUAACAGAGAAUGGCUUUGAAAUUAUCCUUAACAACUACCUUGCAAGCGGAAGCACCACUAAAACCUUAUCUGAAACCAUUGCAGAUUGCAGUUCUAACUAUAAUGAGUGUGGCCAAGCUGCUGGAACAUUAGUUCAGACACUUCUUGGUUGGGGAAUCUAA